AUGAUAAUCAUUUCAAUUAUUUAAAAAUUAUUCCUUUUUUAAAAUUAAUAAUCUUAAGUUAAUUAAUAAGCAAUUUAUUAAAUAUUUUAAUUCAUUAAAUAAAUUAUUGAUUAAAUUAAAAAUAAUCUGGAAUACAAAAAAUAUUAACAUGCAAUACAUUUAUACAAAACAGCGAUUAGAAUUUGGAAAACAAUGUAAUUUUUCAAAUUAUCAAAAAAUAGAAGUUGAUAUUAAACCACAUGCAGGAUAUAUGAAUCACUAUAUUCAAAUAAAUCCUACAACUCGGGCAACUCAAUGUAGCAAUAUAUAUUCUGUUCAUGAGGUAAAUACCAAUACUGCAACUUUUAAAGAUAAUGGUAUGUGUCAUUUUGAAGGUGGUUGGCCAAAAGAUUUAAAUGCAAAAGAUAUAGAACAAGCUAUGAGAUAUAAACGUAAAAUAGAAAAAGAUGAAUUAUAUAUUCAUACAAUGCUUCAAUUGCUGCCUCCAAUGGAACAAUGCAUUUCACAGAAUAAUGUAUGUAAUAUUUAUGAACAAUACUUUAGUUAUAUGGAACCAGUUUCUUUAAUACAACAAGUGUAUUCACGUACAGUUAAUGUAUAUCGUGAUAUUUUACCAAUAAAAAGACAAAUAACACAUCUUUCAUGGUCACCAGAUCAAGGAAAUCGUUUUGCAGCUAGUUAUUGUAAUACUGAUUUUAAAAAUGCAAUAAAUGACAAUUCUCAAUCAUAUAUUUGGGAUGUAGAAAAUCCAAAUAUACCUUGUAUGACUUUAAAACCAUUCUGUCCAAUUCUAACAUUGGAAUACAAUCCCAAAGAUAGCAACAUACUAAUUAGCGGAUUAAUGACUGGUCAAGUAGCUUGUUGGGAUAUUAGAAAAGGAUCAGAACUAGUUGAGACAAGUUCAAUGGAAUUUAGUCAUAGAGAUUUAUGUAAUAAAGUUUUAUGGAUAAAUUCUAAAACUGGUACAGAGUUUUUCAGUGCUUCAAAAGAUGGACAGAUAAUGUGGUGGGAUAUUAGAAAAUUACAAAUGCCUACAGAAACAUUAGUAAUUGAUUUAUACAAACCUGAUGAUCAGAAUAUUAAUAAAGCAAUUGGAAUUUCUGCAUUACAAUUUGAACCAUCCAUGGGUACACGUUUUAUGUGCGGUCUUGAAAAUGGUAUAGUAAUAUCAGGAAAUCGCAAAGGUAAAACUUCAAGUGAAAAAAUUGCAACAAGAUUCAAAGCACAAUAUGGACCUGUAAUAAGUUUAGAAAGAAAUCCAACAUUUGUUAAAAAUUUUUUAACUGUUGGAGAUUGGACAACAAGAAUAUGGUCGGAAGAUUGUAAAGAAUCUUGCAUUGCUUGGACACCUGGUCACAGAGAUUUUUUAAUGGGUGGAGCUUGGAGUAUAACACGAUUUUCUGUAUUUUUUUUGAUAAAAAUGGAUGGAACAUUAGAUAUCUGGGAUUUGUUAAUUCAACAAGAUUCUCCUGUUCUUAGUGUGAAAGUUUGUGAUGAGGUGUUAACAUAUAUAAAACCACAUGAACAAGGACAAUUAGCAGCAAUAGCUAAUAAAAAAGGAACAAUAUUUUUACUUGAAUUUUCAAAAGCUUUAACAACUAAUCAAAAAAAUGAUAAAGUUUUAUUUACAACAUUUCUUGAUAGAGAAACACGUAGAGAAAAGAUAAAGGAAGCUAAAAGUAGAGAACAAAGAUUGAAAAUGAAAUCUCUUCGAAAUAUAAAUUUUGAAAUGGAAUGUCCAAUAGGAAAUAUAAAAAAUGAUGAAAAAAAUCUUAAAUAUUUUAAUAAUCAUGAUGAGAUAUUAAUACAUUGCGAAGAAGAUUAUGAAAAUGCUAUAAAAGCAGAAUUAAUAAAAGAACAAAAACAAGAAAUAACAAAUGAUGAACAGAGAAGCAAAUUAAAAUCAUAAAUUUUUAUUAUAUAAUGAAAUAAAUAAAUAUAUAUAUAUAUAUAUAUAAUAAAUAAAUAUAAAAUUUAAUAUUA